CAAAAAACUAUCUCAUUUGGCAUCGGACACUUGGAACGGCAGAUUUGAAUUUCUCAGAUGCCUCACUUCAACAUUUUAAAAUGGAAAAUAAAAAAAAAUAAGCAUUUAACAUGGUGAAAAAUUCCUCUUCAGGAACCAUCGGGGUGCUACACGUCAAAAUCAGUCGUUUAUUUUGAACAAUCGAUUGAUUUAAUCCAUGAAAAUUCAAAUUUUAGCCCUGGGAUCUCUUUGUCCGACAGAACGACAGAAAUCAAGGCCGUCGUGGUGUUUUUCCGACUGUUACCCGCCCCUGCAGAAUGUGUGUAAAAUUUUUCUCACCUACGAGAUACAAUGUUACCGAUGUCUCUUUAACUGCUGAGUCCGAAAAUGGCCUUUAUUUUUACCGAGAAAAUGAGCAAAUUUGACGUGUAUUUGUCGUGAAAUAGACUUUAUUCUUAUAAAUUUUCCUGGACCCAUGGUAGUGUGCUACUAAUAUAUUUUGAUCUGCUGGAUUUGAAAUCGGUUUCUUCCUAUCACCCUACGGUUUUCCGGUAAUGCCAAUUUUUCCGAGGCUAAAAUUGUGUAUCGUAAAAUCAUCGCAAAAAUACCUGAAAUCAGCGGUUUCUUAGGAAAAGCGACUUUUCCGGGAAAAUGAUGGGUGAUCCGAAAAAUCUGAGAUCAUAUUUAAAUUUAAGAGUUCAAAAAAUGCAUCGCCCAUCGCAGACAUUUUUAAAAUGUAUUUUUAAUACACUUUGAGUUCGGGAAAGCUUUUACGCGAUUAUUUUCACAGGAACAGAAAAAAAAUAUUUGCCUAAGUUUCGUUUGAGCCGUCGCGUCGUGGAUAUGGUGAUUCUUGUGCUGCAUGCAUGAGGAAAGAUUCUUUAGAAUCCAUCUGAAUCGGUCAAAGAGAAGAAAUUUGGUUCAAAGUUGGGGUCUACAGAAUCGAUCUCCUGAGUGAUGGAUCUGAUACUUUUGAUUUUAUCUCUCCAAUCGAAAUUUUAAAAUAAAAUAACUGAUUUAAAGAGCCAUAACCUUGCAAAAAUCAAGUUAUUUAAAUCAGGUAUUUUAUUUUACUUAUAAUUCGGCUUGCUCAUUGCAAACAUGUUUGAAUCUAAAAUUUAAAAACAAGCCAAUCGAGUUUUCAAAAUUAUCACAAGACGAACCGAUCCUGUCCAAUUCGAUCCCCGACGAAUCGAAAAAAUUGAUAGUUCGAGAUCUCGCGCAUUAAGAAGAAAGGAAUAUUUGCUAGAAAGCACGAGCCUUUCUCUUUCUCCCAACUCAAAAGCCCAAUUAUAUCAUAGAAACGCAAAAAUUAUGGAAAGGAAUUUAUUCUCUCGAUCCGCUUCAGAGGGAAAAUAUUUGAUACUGUCAAAAGAUCAGCGUGCCAGAAUCGAUUUUAUAUUUUAAAAAAAAUGUAUGCAUGGUUUACCAUUGUGCGAUUGUAGAUUGUGCAUUCCCUUCUUGUGGCACUUCCUUUCAAUAAACUUCAUGUAAACGAUUGAUACACGAACUAAUGACGCCUCUGAUCAACCCAUUGUGUUAGAGUUUAUUGAUUGUUUAUUUUUCACUUUUUUCGUAUCGUAAUAUUUAUUGACCUCGGGUACUUCGUUUAUGAGGAGUUGAAAGACAUCACAAUUUCUCAACUUCUCUCUCCUGCCAGUCUGAUUCUAUAAGUGUUGUGAUAUAAAUGCUCUAGUUUGAUAAGAAACAUGAAUGAUAUCAUAAGCUCAUUAUGUAAUAGGAAUGACGGUAAUCAUGGGAUUUUUUUGUCAUUUAUUGUGUUUUAACAUACUUUUAGUGUGACGGUUAAUUGUGUGAGAAGAAGUAUGCGUGAGUGCUAAGAAAUGUCAAAACCUACGUUACGAAUACAAUUUUUAUCAAAGCAGGUGAUUUUGCUCACUCUGUUUUGGGCGUCUUUUAAAGUUUCCAAAAAUUUGGUAGUACAAGCGGAAUCGGAUGAAUACACGGAUAAACCACCAAAUACACUAUUACAUACAACAACGGAUUUAUUGACGAGCCCCACAGAUUCUACCUCGAGUCGAUUGCAAGAAAAACUCCACGAAGAUUCACCGGCGACGAGCUAUUUGAUAUAGCCCUUAGCUGUCUCCGCAAAUACCGUAUCGCAGCCGCGCUGUGAGCGGAAACCGUAAGCAACCCGCAACACAGAAACAACCCUUCCGGCUCCUAUAAAAUCACCGCCCGCAGGAUGGACGACCACACUUACGCGAUGACCCCCGUACCUAUCACCAUGGAGCAGAAACAACAUUUGCAGCCAGACGAGGAAACCUUUGACGGAUCCUACACAUCCUACUGGAUCGACGAGCAAGACACCGCAUCCGUCCACGACUUUUGCAAGGUAAACCAGAAAAAAUUAUAUGACGUCAUGGAAAAGCACCAACAACAACCCACGAAACUUACCGCAAUUUUCCACACCGUAUUCUACCACGAGAGGACCGACACUCAGUCUGACCAACUUGUGACGUCACUCCCCGAAACGAUGAUCACUGUCGACGACCGUCAACGUUAUUUAAGUAGUUUAGAUAAAGAUUUGAUAAGGCAAAUUGUCAAUUUACAGUUCCGAAAUUCACAGUGGCGUUUACUUUACGUGAAAGGUCUCGAGUUAAGGAUAUAUGAGUACCAACCGUUGGGAGGGGGGCUGGAAUCGAAUUACCGGCAAAACUAAAAAAUCGCCGAGCUCUUUUGACAAUAAGACCACCCUUUGAGAAUGAUAAUCGAUGUUUUAAAUGGGCAAUGCUGGCUAAAUAUUGUGAUGAGCGUGAUGUGAGACUUGCAAAACAGUUGACUAAGUAUGACGACAAGUAUGUUUGGUCUAGUUUCCCGAUGACACUUUCGGCUUUGGAUAGUUUUGAGGAGAGGAAUCCCGACACAACGGUGAAUGUCUAUGGGUCAGACGAUUUGGGCGAUAUUCACCCUUUGCGCAUAUCGCCCAAACAGGCUGUAGAUCAUACCAACUUACUCUAUUACAAUAAUCAUUAUACGUAUAUUAAGAAUUUAAAAAACUUACUUUCAGACGAGCGAAAAUAUAAAUUCGUUUGUGAAAAGUGCUUGAUUCUUUUUUCUAUAAAAAAAAAUUACAAUACACAUGCGUAUAUAUGUCCUGGAUACUCCUCCUCAAAACUAACCGUAGCCGAAAAAAGUCUCCCAAAGGAAAUAAUUAAGAAACGUGCUCUUGUGACACCCGGGAGUAUGUCAUCGGAAGAAUCGUUUAGACAGGCAGUUUUAUUAGGUAAGGCAGGUAAAAUCGUAGAUUUAAGUGAAUACGGGGGGCUAGUGACAAUUAAUGAAGUGGCCCGUUUUAAUCGCCAAAAUCCGGAAAGCGCAUUGAAUGUAUACACCAUUAAUGAAAGUAAUAAAUUAUAUCCUUUGUAUAUUUCCAAGAACGCGUCUGAGAAAGCCCAAGCAAUUCAUUUAUUCUAUUACGAUCAAACUAAGUCCUAUUAUUAUAUUAAAGAUUUAAGACGAUUGGUUCGCUCCCAGAAAACGAAGAAUAGGAGGAGGGUAUACAUUUGUCCAAGAUGUUCGAGUCAUUUUCCGCACGAAUGGAACUUAUUGACACAUAAACCUCUGUGCUCGCAGAAUCCCGUUGCGCGAGUUUACUUACCAGCACCGGGAGCUAACAUUUUAACAUUCACUAAAUUUAAGUACAAAAUUAAACAGCCAAUCACCAUGUUUUUCGACUUUGAAACUACGCUGAAACCCAUUGACGAACAUCCUAACUCAUCCACGCACUUGUACGCACGCCACGAACCCAAUAGUUUUUGUUUACACGUAGUUAAUGAGUACGAACCGGCAACAAUGCCACGUGUUCAUUGUGGGAAAAACGCUGUCGAAACUUUCUUCAAGUAUUUGUUUGAAGAGGUGGAGAAAGCUAUGGGAUAUAUGGCUCGUUAUACGCCGUAUGAUCCUGAUAUGGCUUCUGAAUUUGAUCGUGGAAAAUGCCAUAUUUGCGAAUUGCCAGUCACAGCUACACAAACUCCUUGUGUAAACCAUUGGCACCAGGUCGAGGGGGGCACGAUUCGGGGGUACGCCCAUGUUGCGUGUAAUUUGGCAUACCAACAGCCCGAUUAUAUUACUGUAUAUUCUCACAACGGAUCAAAAUACGAUCAAAAGUUAAUGCUUAAACAUAUGAUUCAGGUAAAGGGUGCUAUUUCCGUGAUUGCCCGGACAGACGACGAAUUCAUAACGAUUAUACUAAGCGUUAUUCCAACGGUGUUUCCUGUGUUAAAAUUAAAUUUGUCGACUCGUACAAAAUGAUGUCUAGUUCUUUGGAUAAUUUGGUACGAAACAUGGCCGGUGAUCGGGAAUUGUUUGUGCAGACGCGGAAAGUAAUACCAGAUCAUUUGUUGCAUUUGGCUUUACGAAAAUCCGCUUUUCCGUACGCUUAUAUCACGAGCGAGGAUGUUUUUGACGAGAGAAAAUUACCUCCGAUCGAAGCUUUUUUCAACGACCUCACUAAAGAGCCGUGUCCGCCGGAAAAAUAUGCGCACGCUCAAGAGUGUUGGGAGGCCUUUGGUAUGAAAACAUUGGGCGACUACAAUCGGUUUUACGUUGUGUUAGAUACGCUGCUUUUAGCCGAUGCGGUCACAGCGUACCGUAAAACAGCUUAACUGUCUCACGGGCUUGACCCCGCCCACUUCAUAAGUAACGCAGCAUACACCUGGUCGUGUAUGUUGUGGCAUACGCGCCAGGAAAUCGAGCUGCUCAUCGACAUAGACCAGUAUUAUACUUUCAAGAACAACAUAAGAGGCGGCUAUUGUGUGUGUAGUGUCAGGCACGCGAGAGCUAAUAACCCUGACGUCAACCCGAACUUUAAUCCAAACACCGAUGUGCCUACGUAUCUAUUUAUGACCGAUUUUAACGCGCUGUAUUCUAGGGCCAUGUGCGAGCCUUUGCCGUUGAGAAAUUUCAAGUGGAUGUCCCGGGCCGAAUUAGAUUACGUGAAGGCUAACAUACUGGAUAUAUCGGACGACGCAGAAACGGGAUAUUGGCUCGUCGCUGAUAUCGAGUACCCUGCCAAACUACACACGUUACAUAGUAGAAUCAUGCCAGUUUUACCUGAAAAUAUAAUUCCGCCAGGCGGAAAAGUGGCAAAACUGGUUGCCAACUUGAGAGAUAAAACUGAAUACGGUCUGCAUUAUCGAGCGCUUAAGAUGGCUGUGUCAUUAGGGCUGAAAAUAAAGCACAUACAUCGAGGUAUUUCAUUCCGUCAAGAGCCAUAUGGUUGCAAGGCUAUAUCCAUAAAAACAUGGAGCUGAGGCGCCACGCAACAAACGACUUUGACAAACAAUUGUACAAAGAUUUUUGCAAUAUGUUAUUCGGUCGUACUUGCAUGGACGUGAGUAAGCAUAAAAAUGUACGGAUAAUUACGGAUAAAAAUAAGUUUCUGAAAGCGGUGGCCGAUCCGUAUUUCGAGAGAGCAACAAUGAUUGGUGACGAAUUGGUCGCGGUUUAUAAGCACAGGAAGAGCAUUCGCUACGAUUUUCCCAUUUACAUUGGUGCAAGCGUUCUAGACAUUUCUAAAACCCACUUGCAAGAUUUUCUUUAUAAUCACGUAAAUAAGUAUUUUGGCGAGACUUGGCAACUAUGCUAUACGGACACAGAUUCCUGUCUUAUUUUCAGCGUGGGUGUAAAUCCGUUACACGUUGUGAAGUUGGAAAACCAAAAAGGGCCCCAGUCAUGGUACGAUUGUAGCGACUAUGACCCGAAUCAUAUGUGUUAUAGCGACAUCAACAAGCGUGUCCCCGGUAAAAUGAAAAACGAGUAUCCAAAAACUGACAUUGUAGAGUUUUGCGGCGUGCGCUCCAAGGCGUACAGUAUCCUAACCAUGAUAAACAAUAGACGAAAACUAAAGGGUAUAAAAUCUCACGUGAUACGAAAACAAAUUACUCAUCAGGACUAUAUAGAUUGCUUGUUUAGGAAUAAGCGGUUUCAGCAUCAACAAAGCACGAUACUAUCCAAAAAACAAAUUUUAUAUUCGGCGGUAACGACUAAAACAUCUUUGGAUUCUUACGACGGAAAAGUUUACUUGUGGCCCGACAAUGUGCAUACUUUCCCUCAUUACCAUGUUGACGUUUUGAAGCAUCAGAAUUUUAUGAAAUUGUUGAUUCCCGAAAUUCAAGCCGAAGCGUCACGUAGACGCAUCAGGCACGGCAUAACCGAUUAUGUCAUCGGAGACGAAUCUGACGUUGAGAUGCUCGAUGCGUCUGAGUUGUGACGAGUGUAUGUAUUUAUUGUGUAAUUGCUGCUUGCCAGACGCGCUCGUGGAACGAAUCAUAUUACGUUUAGUGUAAAAAUUGUAUUUUCGUAUAGAGGCGCAUGCACGCGCCGCAGUCCACUUUCAAUGCACCUUUACAUGCGUGGAACAAUUAAUAUUCCAAUUUGAACGAUUAAAGAAGGAACUUGUCGAAAGCGUUUAUUUAAAGAUUGUGCAUAUUUUUCGUAAUUAGUGUUUGCACUUUCUGGGCAAGUAUAAUGCCAUUACGGUGUUUAUGUGCGAUUUAGAUUCUAUGAAUGCCACGUUUCAUUGUUAUCAAUGCUUAGCGUAGAAUAACUCUUUAAGUAAUAGACCUACAAAACUCCUGAGUUGAUACCACCACCAUAACACGUAGUAUGUAGUUUAGAGUAUAUGCAUCUCUAUGUAAAAAAUAGAAGUAUGAAACGUUUUCCUUGCGAUAAUACCUCUUAUACACCGAGUAGGUAAGGGUAUCUAAACCCGUAAAAAGAAGUCGCUACAAAGUAUUUACCUAGAUAAAUGCAAAUAAUUAUUCGUUUUUACUUGUAAAAAAAAAAAAAAAAAUCCUUAAAAUGCUCCUUAACUAAUAAUCUUGCAUAGAUGUAUGAGAUGUAGCGUCUCCCGUAAUUGAAGGCGAAUCAAGCGAAAUAAUUAUUUUUAAGAGAAAAAAUAUUUUUUUUCUUAAAACCACUCAAAACUCCUUACAGUCUAAAAUUUGCGUAGAUGUAUGAGAUGUAGUGUCUCCCGAAAUUGAAGGCGAAGCAAGCACUGGCAAUAUAAAAUAGUAUCCGUUAGGAGUAACGAUGACACAAUGUGCAACGCCGCUAAGUGAACAGUGUGUUGGAAAAUUGUCACCGGGCGAAUGCAAAUACUUAUUGCUCAAAGUAGAAUUACCCGAAGAUUUACAGUUAGCGGUAGCGUAGCGUAUAGACUCGGUAGGGCAAGCUAUUAUUGUAACGUACGUCACGCUCAUUUGUUGUAUGCUCAAAGGCGAACAAAAGUACAUAAGCGAUUUUACGUGAGAGAUAUAUGUAAAUGCGACUGUACGUGUACCCACCUGCUUAGAUCGGUGCGAUACGAUUUGAUAAGCGAUCGGAUAGAUUGGGAUUUGAUUCGCGAAUUUGAUCGCGGUUUUAGAGAAUUUUGUUUCGACGAGUUGCCACGAAAUCAUUUUUUUUUUUUCGAGAAGAUUCUCGGUCACCCCGAUGCAAGGGAUGUCUUACCCCGAGCCAUUGUGUGCGAGUAUUAUACGAUGGAAACGCAUGCGUACCCUCAUGAACUUUUGUAUUGACACUAUUUCUCUAGUGUGUGUAUGUAUAUAACAGGCCCUCCCUUCUCUUUAAGCCGUUAUACCGAUAAAGUCUACAUAACGACUAGUAAUAACUAAAAAAAAAAAAAAAAUAAUAAAUCAUGAAUCAAAAUGAGCAUGAUGUCAUGGUUUAUAUGUUUCCGCUGAAGAGUGAACCGAAUAAAUUGGCAGGUUUUCGUGUAGAAAAUUUGUAUAAAUAAAGCCUUGACGAAUGUA